UCCUGUGACACAGGAAGGAAGAUCUGAGGAGAAGUCACAGAUCGCUGGAUAAAUCACAACAAUUUCCCAAUGAGUUUUAUAUUUUUUAUUUUUUUAUCUGGGUUUUUUCCCUCAGGGAUUAGCAACCUAAAAAUGAACAUGGAAGAGCUUCCUGAAGUGAAUUCUUCUGAUGGAGAUUAUUAUUAUAAAGAAGAUGAAAAUAUGGAUAAUAAUAUUUCCAUAAGUGAUGAAGGAAACAAUGCUGAAAGUAUUCCUUUUAUACAACAUGAAGAAGAAAUACAUAUGGAUACUACUCCUGCUAAUGAGAAAACUGGCAAUUAUUACAAAGAUAUAAAACAAUACGUGUUCACCACAAAAAAUCCAAAUGGUACAGAAUCUGAAAUAAAUGUCACAGCAACAACCGGUCUGAGAUUUGCCGUAAAGCACCGUAAAAUUUCCAGGAUAACAACUGAAGAAAAACACUUUCGUCGCAAAAGGCCAAAAACAACUCCAAAUGUUCCAGAUUUUUGGACAAUGUUAGCUAGAGCUAUAAAUGGAACAACAGUGAGCAUGGAUGAUAGAGAUCAAUUAUUUCAACCAAUUCCAGAAUCUGAUGUCAACACUACAAAAAUAAGCAAAACAGAUGAUCUAGAGGAUAUCAAGAUCAAAUUAAUGCUGGGUAUCUCAUUGAUGACCCUUUUCCUAUUUGUCGCUCUCUUGGCAUUCUGUAGUGCCACACUAUACAAACUGAAGCAGCUAAGUUAUAAAACUUAUGACAGUCAAUACUCCAUCAACCCAGAGCUGGCAACCCUAUCUUACUUUCAUCCGUCAGAAGGUGUAUCAGAUACAUCUUUUUCUAAGAGUGCAGAAGACAGCAGCACAUAUUUGUAUGCCACUUCUCCAGAGCUGAAACCAUCAAGAACAAGGAUAUCAAAAUCUAAAACCGUAACAGAUGAGGUUUCCACAUGCUCAAAAGAUGCAGGCUUAAUUGAGGCAUCAUGUUUACUAAUUAACCGUGAAGAGUUGUGUGAGGACAGCCAUGAAGAGAAAUAGAUAACUUUAAUUCUUUUGUCAUAAAAAAAGAUCUUUGUGUCUCACA